UGCGGCACAUCACCAACUUCCAUAGAUGAAUCGGAAACCACAUUCGACGGGUUUAUACAAGAAGAUCACUCACCACCGAUCACACUCUAAUCGGUUUACAAAGGAAGAGAAUCCUAGAGAAAAGACUAACCCAAGACCCAAGAAUACAACCUCACUGUAUCUCUCUCUCUUGACUUUUCUCUCUCUCUCUCUUCUGAAGCUUGGAGAUCGACGAAGAAGACGAUGACGUCGUCAAUCUCAUCUCUCGUCAAAUACACGAGACCUUCUGCCUUAUAAUGCAUCCAGUUAUUAAUCAUUGCACGUGCUUCUCACGUGAUCUUAAUAACUCUCCUUCCAUAAGACCUUCUGAAUGAGUCCAAGUGUUUGCCACACUUAUGUUAUCCAACGUCUUCUUUCUCCAAUCUUCAAGCUUCUUCUUGUAGCCCUCUCAAGCUAAAUCACCAUCUCAAAUUGGUGUUCAAGAAAAGUGGUAACCCACAACAAAAUCACUGUCCUCACGUCACCUAUUGGGAAAUUCUCGAAAAAUCGGUCAGAAUAGGUUUCAAAGCAUCAAGAACUGAGGCAGAGUGUGAAGCGUUGCUCGCCGGUCUGGGCCUUGCCCAAGUUGUCAGUGCAGACAACCUGGAACCGUUUUACGACUCGCAAUUUGUGGAAAACUAGUUCAACUGUGACUACGAAGAAGGGGAUGAAAGGAUGAUGGCAUAUUCAAAGAUAAAACAAGAGCUCACUGAAAAUUUUACCACAUUCAAGUUGACUAAAAUCUCCCGAGGGGAGAAUGCUACCACAGACGCAUUAGCAUCAACUUCUGACCCUGAUCUACUACGCCUCAUCCCGGUGUUCGAAUGAACAGACGUUAGCUUUUCCCGUUUCUCUUCGUCGAGCGAGAAUCGAAUCAAUAGAUUACUAAGGAGGAACCGUUUGAUUUCAUUGUUCAAAAUCCAAGAAAAAGAUCCUUUGCGUCGACGACUGACUCCAAUCGAUGUCAUCUGCGUCUACGGCGGUGCGUCCGGUGGCCGGAACUGGGUUACCGGAGAAGGCGGCGGCAGCUCUGGUCAAUUCAUUCCGUUUGGCCUCCGUGACGCAACGGUUAGCUUUCCACAUUCAGACCGGCGCCAAAAGCGACGUCAAAGAGUUCCAAAGCUGCUGCAUCUCUCUCGCCAAAGGAAUUGAUUUUGCGAUAGCUAACAAUGAAAUCCCGAAGAAGGUUGAAGAUCUUCCCUCCUUGCUUAAACAGGUGUGCCGACAUAGAGAUGAUGUCUACACUAAGACUGCUGUUUUGGUGCUCAUGAUCUCUAUUAAGCAUGCUUGUAAACUGGGAUGGUUUUCAGAUAGCGAGGCUCAAGAACUCAUCGCCCUUGCUGAUCAGAUGAAAAAUGGUUUCGGGAAUCCUGAAAACACUAUCCCUGCUAUUCAAAGUCCUGGUGGUACAUUAUCGCAGAUCAUGGAGAGGUUUUAUCCUCUUGUAAAGCUUGGGCAUGUUCUUGUUUCUCUUGAAGUGAAGUCUGGCUAUACAAUGCUUGCACAUGAUUUCCAUAUCUCGAAGAAUAUGCCGCAUUCUCCUCAAGAGAAAAUUCGGCUAUUUGUUGUCCAGACAGAAAACAUAGACACGUCCGCCUGUAUUAUAAAUCCUCCAGAAGUCAGCUUCAUUUUAAAUGGAAAGGUGGUCGAGAAGAGGGUUAAUAUCUCAAUGGAUUCGGGGCCUCAACUCCCAACAAAUGUUACUGCCAUCCUCAAAUACGGAACAAACCUCUUACAAGUUAUGGGCAAUUCCAAUGGUCAUUACAUCAUUGUAAUUGCUUUUACGGGUUUAGCACAGCUACCUGAAAAACCAGUUCUUAAAGAGUAUGUGCAGUCUGGAGUGGUCGAGGCAAGUCCAGAUUCUGACAUCAUUGAGGGGCCAUCUCGAGUAUCUCUCAGAUGUCCUAUAAGUCGCAGCCGGAUCAAGCUUCCAGUCAAGGGCCACUUGUGUAAACAUCUUCAGUGUUUUGAUUUCUGGAAUUAUGUCAACAUUAAUAUGAGAAACCCAUCCUGGCGCUGCCCUCACUGCAAUCAACCUGUCUCCUACCCAGAGAUCCGUUUAGAUCAAAACAUGGUCAAGAUAUUAAAGGAUGCGGGGCGCAAUGCUGCCGAUGUAAUCAUCCAUGCCGGUGGUACAUGGAAGGUUGCAAUGGAAAAUAAUGGAAACGAGGAACCUGUCCGUGAUGCAAUAAUCCAUGAUCUUGAAGAUCCAAAUAGCUUGUUAAAUGCUGGUCCUGUUGUCUUGGAUCUUACUGGGGAUGAUGAGGACGAUACUGAUAUUGAACUAUUUGGUAGCACCAGCAAGGCUGUGGACCAGAAGCCCCACUUGUCAGAUGCUCAGGGUCAAUCUAAUAAUAACAACACAAGCAAAGAUGCUUCAGUCGACGAUUACUGUUCUAUGUUUAACUUCUCGGAUGUGAUAUCACUUGACGAGGUCAUGCUAGAUCACUUGAAUACUGGAACUGGUCAGGAUUACUCAAACUUAUCUCAACUACCAAUGCCUCGAGAUCCAACACAUGUACCUGCGCCAUUCUCACAGGCACCAUCUCCAAGAGAGAGAUCAGCAACUACUUCCACCGUCUUCCCAUCUCCUCAGGUUCAUGCUUCACCUGUUACUCCCGGUGGAACAUAUCUUAGUAGAACCUCCAGUCAGAUGUCAUCAUCGACAACUUCAUCACAGAGCCGGGUGCACCCAGUCCAAGUUACGAGCCAGUCUCUUGGGAAUGGAUCAUCUUUGGCUCAGUCUCCGCGUAUCCCUAGAGUACUUGCUCCCCAGCCUAACAGUUAUUUCGCACGAAGUCUAAACAGUAACCAUUUAACCACUCAGACGCAGCGCCCGAGUAGUCCCCCUGUUCAAUCAGUUUCCCGAACCAGUGACCUAAUGGAUGUGGACUCGGCUACUCCUGAUACAAGCAACUGGCGCCCAAGGAUGCGAGGCAGUAUUACGCCCGGUUCAUAUUCCCCUGCUCUUGACCACAUGAUCAUCCGACCUACCCAACAGUCUCAGACUAGGCUUCAAGUUUCACAACCGGGACAGACGCCACCGGUUCAGACAUCUCAGGCUCUGCCACCGUUUUCAACCGCCCCUCCUCCGACUUUCACGAGGCCUUCUGGACCGACAGCACCAUGGGGAACUUGAGAGACCAGAACAAGGGAAGCUUGAUGCUUAGGACAAACAACUCUAUCAAUAAUGAACUUUUGUAACUUAUCAUUUUGCGCAUGGCAUGAACUUGAAUUCCGGUAUAUAGUUUUCUGCUGACUUGUAUAAAUUAAAGAUUGUUGGCCGUACUAUUGUAUUUACAUAACGAUCCCAUAAAUGGCGUAUCUUUUAGGAUCAGUUUCAUUGA